AUGUAUUCCAACCCCAACUCGUUCCUGCGCCCCGGCGCUCCGCAGUAUGCGACCGGCCAGCCUCAACCCCAGCAACAGCAGCCCAGCCCCUUCGCUCCACAACCAACCGGCUUCGUCCAGGCGCCGCUGCAACCGCAGUAUACCGGCUUCCCGGGCUCGGGCUUGCAGACGUCUCAAGGACUUGGCCAGUUACAGCCCCAGUUCACCGGCUAUGCUCCGACUACCCAGCAGCCCAUGGGCUCGGCGAUGCCGCCGGUGCCGGCAAUCCCUCCGCAGUUCCAGCAGCAGUUCCAACAACAGCAACAGCAGCAACCGUCUCCGUUUGCUACAGCCCCGGCCCAGCCUACUACCCAGGCCCUGACUCCUCUGCCUCCUCCGGUCAAGCCGCAGCCUACCGGUUUUGCCCAGAUGACCGCUUCGUUCCAGGCUCUUGGGAAGCCAAAGACCACAACCGUGACAACGACUACAACCACAGCCACGAAGAAGGUCAACAACGUGCCGAAUAUCCGCUUGUCUUUUAUCACGGCGGCGGAUCAAGCCAAGUUUGAGCAGCUCUUCAAGUCUGCCGUGGGCGACAAGACCACUAUGCCGGGGGAGAAGGCGAGGGACCUCCUGUUACGUUCAAAGCUCGAUGGAGAGACGCUCGCUCAUAUCUGGACUCUGGCCGAUACCACUCGAUCCGGCGAACUUCACUUCCCCGAGUUUGCCCUUGCUCUGUAUCUCUGUAACCUCAAGCUUACCGGCAAGCAGCUGCCCCAGCAACUCCCCGAGAAGAUCAAGAAUGAGGUUUCCAGCAUCGUGGAUAUCAUCAACUUCAGUGUCACAGAGGAGGGAUCUAGCUCUACGCCAGCUGCCAGUGCUCCAGCGCCGCAGACCACAACCGCGGCUCCUACCCUCCACCACCCUCAGCCUCAACCUUCAAAUUCGCAGCUUCUGCAAGCUCAUAUGACUGGGUUUCCCAGCCAGCCUACGGGCUUCCAGGCCCCGACUAUCCAGGUUCAGCCAACUGGGGUUCCUCCGACCACAACCCUUAGUGCUCUCCCACCACCAAUGCCUCCGAUGCCUACGGGCUUUGGCUCGACUUUGUCGCCUAACGCUGGUCCUACAGGCAUGGCCGCCCCACUGAAUGCUCAGCCAACUGGCCGUCCUGGUCAAUGGGGGCUUGUCAAUGCCCCUGCGACGGGCCUUCCUAACUUGGAUGCUCUCCAAGCGCGUAUGAUGCCGAAGGCGGGUCGUGAACAGCAAACCUACACGACUGCCGGGCUGCAAGGCAAUGCCGUGAUUCCGUGGGCAAUCACAAAAGACGAAAAGGCCAAGUAUGACGAGUUGUUUCGUGCUUGGGACGGUUUGAACAAGGGGUACAUUACGGGCGAGCAGGGUAUCGAGAUCUUCAGCCAGAGUGGCUUGGACAGGUCGGAUCUCGAGCGCAUCUGGACGCUUGCCGAUAACGGCAACAAGGGACGUUUGGAUCUGGAUGAGUUUGCCGUGGCCAUGCACUUGAUCUACCGCAAGCUGAAUGGCUAUCCGAUUCCCAAUCAGCUCCCGCCCGAGCUUGUUCCUCCAUCUGCGCGGAACCUUAGCGAGUCCCUCGGCACAAUCAAGAAUUUGCUCCACCAAGAAUCUGACUACCGCAAGAACACGGGAGCAUCCCUGCUUCCGCAGAAGACUGGCGUUAGCUAUCUCAAGAGCCAUUCGUUCAAGUCGAGUCCUGGCGCUUUUAAUAGCCGUAAGGAUGCCACUGUUUUCAAGAACAACGAUGACGAGGUCAGCUACAGAUCCAGCGCGAGACGCAGGGCUGUCACCCCGUCACCGCGCGCGGAUUCCCCGGCGUCCACCAGCAACUCCUAUGACGACUUAACCCUCGAGCAACUGCGGAAGAAGGUUAAAGAGAAGCAGGUCCUGCUCGAUGCCAUGGACUUCCAGGAUGAGAAGCAGGCUGAGGAAGACGAGCUACUUGACUUGCGCGAUCGUCGUGAGGCAGAGGAUCUCUAUCGCCGCAUCCGGAGAAUUCAAGAAGAGAUUGACAAUCACCCCGAUUCCUGGAUGAUGACGGGCGAUUCUGAUGCCGAACGCAGAGCCCUUAAGCGGCAGCUGCAGAACCUGCUGGACAAGAUUCCGCAGUUAGCGUCUGAAGUUAGGAAGACUGAAAAGGCCAUUGCUGACGCCAGAAUGGAGCUGUUCCGCCUGAGGGAUGCCAAGGCUCAUCCGGGCAGCGCUUCUCUGAUUGUUGGCACCGGACCGGGUGGUACAGUGACCGAGGCGGACAGAAUCAAGGCUCGUGCUAAAGCCAUGAUGCAGCAACGGGCAGCUGCUCUGACUGGUAGGAAGAUCGAUACCCCGAGCAGCGAUCUGGAGGCCGAAAAGCGUUUGGAAGAGGAGAGCAUCAAGGUCCGGACGGAGAAGGAGACCAACGAGCGCAUGGUUCGUGAUGUCGAGGAUAGUGUGCGUGAGUUCGCCAAGACUAUUGAGGAUAACUUGAAGGAGGGCGCCCAGGAUUCUACGAGCGAGCAUGAGAAGCGCCGCUGGGAGGAUGGUCUCGGCGUUGAAGACGAGGUCAGGGAUUUCAUCUUUGAUCUGCAACGCCAGAGCCGUGCGGCUCGUAUCCGGGCCCAAGAACGGCAGGGUGGGCGACAGCCUGCUCAGGAACCCGUCAAGGCCGAGGUGCCCUCGGCAUUGCGUGCUGACAGCUCUUCUACGACUUCUCGCACGUCCACUCCUGCGUCAUCUACUCCCGCUGCUGCCGGCGGUUCAUACUCGCAGUUCAAGACGCCAGAGGAAAGGGCCGCUUACAUCAAACAACAGGCGGAGCAGCGUAUGGCUGAGAGACUCGCUGCUUUGGGCAUCAAGCCACCAAUCAAGCCUGGCGAGACGCCAGCUCAGCGGGCUGAACGUGAACGUGCCGAGCGUCUUGCCAAAUUGCGUCAGGCCGAAGAAGAAGACGCCCGCCGCGAAGCCGAAAGGCAGGCUAGGUUGGCCGAGGAGCAAGGCGUGCCGCCCCCUGUUGCUCUGCAACCUUCAAAGCCUGAAGGCAAGAAACCGCCUCCGCCCCCUCCCGGCAGAAAGACCUCUAAGCUGGAAGACAAGCGGGACGAAGAGGAGCUUGAUGCUAGGAAGGCUGAAGAAGAGGCAAGCAAGAAGGCAGAGGAAGAGCGUCUUGAGCGUGAGCGUGGGGAGCAGGAACGGGAGGCCCGUGAGCUUGAGGCACGUCUCAAAGCUCAGGAGGAUGAGCUUGCGAGAGAACGGGAAGAGGCUAAUGCUCGCCUUAAAGCUCUCGAGGAGCAAGUUCGUCUUGGGAAGCUCAAGAAAGAGGAAGAGAAGCGCCGGAAGAAGGCAGCGCUUGCUGAGGCUAGGGAGAAGGAAGCGCAGCUUGCUCGGCAGCGUGCCGAAGUCGAGGCUGCCCGCAAACGCGAGGAGGAGCUUCGCAAACAACUCGAAGCUCUGGAGAUGGAAAGUUCGUCGUCCGAUGACGAGGGACCGGAGCAGAUUGCGACACCUCAAGCAUCGACCCCCACUUUGGGCGGCAGCCAGAUCGUCAGCCAGGAGCCUGAGCAGCAGCCUGAGCCAGCAAGACCGCCCACACCACCUGCAGUUCCCCCAGCCCCUGCCGUCUCCCCGCCGAAGAUUGUCACCAGCCCUCCGGGGGAGACAGAGAGCCGCAAUCCUUACUUCAGGAUGAUGUCGCAGGCCCCGACCGAGAGCUCUGCCCCGGCAGCUCCUGCGGCUCCCGAACCUCCUGCAGCGCCGGCUGUACCAGCUCCUCCUGCGCCUCCGCCGCCGCAGCCUACUAAUCCAUUCCACCGCAUGACCCAAGCGACCAAGCCGGCUACUCAACCUACCUUCACCCCCAGGCCUUCUCACUUCGAUGACGAUGGCUGGGGCAGUGACAAGGACGAGUCAGAGGAGGAAUCGGAUGAUGAUCGGCCGGGCGGCAAGAGCGCCGCAGAACUCGCGUCGAUCCUGUUCGGCACUAUGGGCCCUCCCCGGCCCCUGUCUGCUACGGGCGACAAGUCGGCGGCCACUUCCCCUCCACCUACCAGCUCCCCUGUCCCUCCCCCUCCUCCGGCGCCUACAGAGCCUGCUCCUGCCGCAACCUCGGCUCCUCCUCCUCCGCCGCCCCCUCCUCCCCCAGCUCCUAGCGGUAGUGCCCCUCCGCCACCGCCUCCUCCUCCGCCGAUGCCGGCUGGCGGUGCUCCCCCCCCUCCCCCUCCUCCACCGAUCCCAGGCAUGGCCCCUCCCCCGCCGCCGCCGCCGCCUCCGGCUGCGGGUGACCUACCUGCCCCGACCCCAGCGGCCAGCCGUCCAGCCGGGUUCUUGGCCGAGAUUCAGGCGGGCAAGGCUCUCAGGAAGACGGUUACGCGCGACAGAAGCGGAGCUGCCGUGGCGGGUAGAGUUCUGGACUAA